AUGGCUCUGCCGAAGCGAAUAAUAAAAGAGACGGAGCGUCUCAUGGCCGAACCUGUCCCCGGAAUCAGCGCUAUCCCGCACGAGGAUAACCUGCGUUAUUUUGACGUUGAAAUCCACGGCCCUGCGCAAUCACCCUACGAAGGUGGCAUUUUCAAGCUCGAGUUGUUUCUGCCCGAAGACUACCCCAUGACACCCCCAAAGAUCCGUUUCCUCACAAAAAUCUUCCACCCCAACGUCGACAAGCUCGGUCGCAUCUGUCUCGAUGUUUUGAAAAACAACUGGUCCCCGGCCUUGCAAAUUAGAACAAUUUUGCUGUCCAUCCAGGCCCUUCUCGGCGCGCCCAACCCCGACGACCCUCUUGCUGCCGACGUCGCAAAGAGCUGGAAGGAGAACGAACAGGCCGCGAUUGCCACGGCCAAGGAAUGGACAACCAAGUAUGCCAAGUCUUGA